AUGGCGCGGCGGGCGGAAGGGCGCGCGGGCGCCUACGGCCUCAGCGUGGUGGGGCUCUCGGGCACCGAGAAGGAGAAGGGCGCCUGCGGCGUGGGCAAGUCCUGCCUGUGCAACCGCUUCGUGCGCCCGGCCGCCGACGCCUUCCACGCCGAGCACACCUCGGUGCUGUCCACGAGCGACUUCGGCGGGCGCGUGGUCAACAACGACCACUUCCUCUACUGGGGCGAGGCGGCGCGCGCGCUCGACGAGGGCGGCGAGUGGCGGGCGCACGUGGUGGAGCAGACGGAGUUCAUCGACGACCAGACGUUCCAGGCGCACCGCAGCACGGCGCUGCAGCCCUACGCCAAGCGCGCCGCCGCCACCAAGCUGGCCUCGGCCGAGAAGCUCAUGUACUUCUGCACCGACCAGCUGGGCCUGGAGCAGGACUUCGAGCAGAAGCACAUGCCCGACGGCAAGCUGGCCGUGGACGGCUUCCUGCUCUGCGUGGACGUGAGCCGCGGCAUGAACCGCGACUUCGGCGAGCAGCUCAAGUUCGCCGGCGGCCUCUACGCGCAGCUCGCCAAGACCAAGAAGCCCGUGGUGCUGGCGCUCACCAAGUGCGACGAGGGCGUGGAGCGCUACAUCCGCGACGCGCACGCCUUCGCGCUGGCCCGCAAGAACCUGCACGUGGUGGAGACGUCGGCGCGCGCCAACGUCAACGUGGAGCUCGCCUUCGGCACGCUGGCGCAGCUCGUGGACCGCGGCCGCGGCAAGGCCAAGCUGGUGCCCUACUUCGAGGCGCUCAAGCAGCAGAGCCAGCACGUGGCGGCGGCGCAGGACCGCUACGAGUGGCUGGUGGGGCGCGCGGUGACGGCGCCGGACGACACGUGGGCGGCCGCCAGCAGCCGCAUGCUGGCGGCGCCCGAGUACCGCGACUACAUCUUCCUGGAGGGCACGGCCAAGGCGCAGCGGCUCUUCGCGCAGCACCUGCAGCGGCUGCGGCGGCAGCGGAAACCAAAGCCGAAGCCGCGGCCGUCCCUCACGAAGGCCACGUGGGAGAGCAGCUACUUCGGGGUUCCCUUGAGCAGCGUGGUGACCCCGGAAAAACCCAUUCCCGUUUUUAUCGAGAGGUGCAUCGAGUACAUCGAGGCCACGGGCUUGAGCACGGAGGGAAUCUACCGGGUGAGCGGGAACAAGUCGGAGAUGGAGAGUCUGCAGCGCCAGUUUGACCAAGACCACGGGCUCGACCUGGCUGAGAAGGAUUUCACGGUGAACACGGUGGCCGGGGCCAUGAAGAGCUUCUUCUCGGAGCUUCCCGAUCCGCUCGUUCCCUACAACAUGCAGCUGGAGCUCGUGGAAGCCCACAAAAUCAACGACCGGGAGCAGAAGCUCCAUGCGCUCAAGGAGGUGCUGAAGAAAUUCCCGAAGGAAAACUAUGAGGUCUUCAAAUACGUCAUAAACCACUUGAACAGGGUGAGCCGGCAGCAGCGGGCGAACCUGAUGACGAGCGAGAACCUUUCCAUCUGCUUCUGGCCCACGCUCAUGCGGCCGGACUUCAGCUCCAUGGAUGCGCUCACGGCCGCCCGCUCCUACCAGGGCAUCAUCGACCUCUUCAUCCAGCAGUGCCCCUUCUUCUUCCCGCCGGGAACGCCGGGAACGCCGCCCGGCAGCCCCGCGCAGCCGCCGCCCUGCCCGCCGGGAGCCACCGUGCCGUGA